AUGGGAAUCAAAAGUCAACUCUACCGCAUGUCGCGAUCAUCGUCCCCUCGAUACGCUCCUCUCCCCCGCAAUUCCCUCGAUGCCAACGACUUUACCUAUGAAUACAAAGAUACAUCGGUUUCCUCGCGGCGUAUCGCAUCGAAACUCCUCCGAGCCUUGAGAAGGAUCUGCAAACCGACAUAUAUCUUCCUCUUCUUCAUCCUGUUUCUAUGCUGGCAGGUUAUCUUCAAUGCCAGUUACACCAAUCCUCCGAAAUUCUCGAUACCUAGCGACGAAAAGGUAUUUAUCGCAGCGAACAUUGUCGAUUCGAAAAUGAUAGAUGGGCUUUGGGGCGAUAAUCUGGUUGCGCUGGUGAAUGCGAUUGGAAAGGAGAGGGUUUACGUUAGUGUGUAUGGAGGACCGAAAGAUUCCUUGAAGCGAUUGAGCGCGAGGUUACAUGGUGUGCAGAAGAAAAUUGUGGCAGAGUCAGACGAUGUUAUUGAUCUUUCCACUUUACAUCGCAUUACUUUACCUAGUGGAGCGACGAGAGUGAAGAGAAUUGAAUAUUUGGCUGAUGUGAGGAACAAGGCUUUGGAUCCCAUGACUUCUGGCGAGGUGAAGGAGAAGUAUGAGAGAGUGCUUUUCUUGAAUGAUGUAAUCUUUGAGGUCGAGGGUGCGAUGAGAUUACUGUGGGGGACAAAUGUCAAUGAAGAGGGGAAGGCCGAGUACAAGGCGGUUUGCGGUGCGGAUUUUAUUACGAGCUGGAAGUACUAUGAUACAUAUGCUACAAGGGAUACCGAGGGUUAUAGUAUCGGUGUACCAAUCUUUCCAUGGUUUGGAGGAAAAGGAGAAAGCACCAGCCGAAAUGAUGUUUUGGCUGGAAAGGAUGCGGUCAGAGUUAAGAGUUGUUGGGGAGGGAUUGUCGCUUUCGAUGGGAGGUUUUUUCAAAAGGAAGUCGCAAAGUCGACCACUUCGAAGUCGAAAGAAAGAGAACCCAAGGACUCGGAUCAUAUCUACGAGCGGACAUCCUCGGUCGCAGAACUUCCACUCAAAUUUCGAUCCGAACCAGAAUCUUUCUGGGAUUCUUCCGAAUGUUGUCUUAUUCACGCUGAUAUCCUCGCAACACCCGAUUUCCCAGAUUAUACUACAAAUACCCGAGAAGAUUGGGGUGAAGGAAUUUUCAUGAAUCCUUUUGUGAGAGUGACAUACGAUGCGAAAUCAUUCCACUAUAUCAAGUAUGCGAAGCGAUUUGAAAGAUUAUUCACUCCAUGGCAAGCGAUCAUCAACCAUUUUGCGCAUCUUCCGCGAUUCAAUGAUAGGAGAAUGGAGAAUGAGGGAGAUAUUGUGGAGGAUAGAUUAUGGAUUCCUAAUUCGUUUACACCCGCGCAAGAGCAAGCUAUGAUUGAUUUACAAAAGAAUUUUGGUGGAAAAUAUGGAAAGGCUUCUAGUUCCACGGACAAGAAGAAGCAAGAAAGGAGAGGUGUGGGCGAUGAGGAUUCGACCUGGCAAGGAAUCGAUUCCUUUCAAGCGUCGUCCUCAUCAUCACAUUUUUCCGCAAUAGUUGGAGGUCUGAAAUCUCGUGCAAAGACUUCUCCACCAUCGAGAAUCAUGCAUGCGAAACGACAGAUAACACCAAGUGAUGGGGCGUUAGCAAAGCCAAAGGGAUACUGGGAGAGAGAGGGACAUUAUGUGGAUUAUGAGAGAGUAGCCCGAAAAGGAGGAUACUGCGGAGUAAGACAAUUGACGAUUUUGAGGGAGGGAGUUAUUGGAAUUGGAGAAAAGGGAUGGGUAAAUCUCCGAGGAGAGGUACCACCUAGGGAAGCUAAUGCGACGAGGGUAUAA